AUGAGCGAAGAAGAGAGGCGUUCCGUGCGAGAGUUCUGGGGCGAUCGGGAGCCCGUGCUGACGAUCCGCUUGAGGGAGCUGCCUCCAGGGUUCUCCCGCACGGACAACCUGUUGCUGCGCAUCCCGCAGCUCACCGAGAGAGGCAUGCCGCCGCUGCCCCUGCGGGUGAUCGCGCAGUCGGCGCUCUCCGCGGGCCUCGGCGCAGAGCGGCGCGCGCUGUGCAAGCGCCUGCAGCAGGAUGACGAGGGCGCUGACAGCGCGGGCGGCGCGGCGAAGAAGGUGAAGAGUGAGGAGGUGCGCGAGGGGGGCGUCGGGGAUCCAGGCAUGGCAGCGCGCUGCGAGUGGGUCUUCAGCUCGCCAGAGCCGGAGGGGCAGGGCCCGAGGAAGGGCGAGGACGAGGGCCCGAAGGAGCUGGACCCGAAGGAGCAGGGGGGCUCGAAGGAGCGGGACCCGAAGGAGCAGGGCCCGAAGGAACAGGACCCGAAGGGGCAGGACCCGAAGGAGCAGGGCCCGAAGGAGCAGGACCCGAAGGAGCAGGACCCGAAGGCGAAGGACCCGAAGGAGCAGGACCCGAAGGAGGGCGAGGACCCGAAGGAGCAGGGCCCGAAGGACCCGAAGGAGGCGCAGGACCCGAAGGAGGCGCAGGACCCGAAGGAGGCGCAGGACCCGAAGGAGGCGCAGGGCCCGACGGAGCAGGACCCGAAGGAGGCGCAGGACCCGAAGCAGGCCGCCGCCCAGCCAGUGCCCAGGCCCAGGCCACCGCCGCCGCUGGUCACGCAGUGGGCGCUCGACACGCAGCCAUACCCGAGUUUGGGCCUGGGCGGCCUGCACGCGGAUGAGCAGACGUGCGGAACGCAGGAUUGGCAGGAGUCGCUCGACACGCAGCCCUACUUUUGA